CGCCGUAGAAAAAUCGACACUUACUUCUGAAAGAGACGGACGAAGAAGGAGCAGGGAUGGAAGGCUUGAUUCCGUAUCUCCUCAAUGCCAUCAAGAAGCAGAGGCCGCAUCACAGCUACAGAUCCCUCUCAGUCUCCGACGGUUCGAGCCGGAGCUACCACAUGUUAACGGCGCCGGACUCCUCCGACAGACUUGCUCUCCGGCGAAUUCGGUCGGAGCUCGAUCCGCCGACGGCUGGUUUCCUUGAUCAGCGAUCUGCCGUGGAGCUCUCCGGUUCAAGCAGCAUUAGAAACGACUCCGUGAUCUCGCCUUCCACUGGAAACCGCCCGAGGCGGAUUGAUUCCGGCGGUCACCGAGCCUGGAAGGCAACUAACGCUGGUUUUCGACGAUGAAAAACGUGUAGUGAAGAGUUUCCAGAGUUUUUUCCUGGAUUUGUUAAUUCUGCUUUGGGCGUCUCGUUCAAGUGUAAGUAACGGGCUACUGUAUGAGCGAUCUAGCGAGCAAAAACAGUCGGUAAUCAAAUUGUCAUAGAUUCUCGAUGACUGUUGUCCAUAGGCGCUAUUCAUAAACUGUGGCAAAGACUUCACAAGUGCUAGGGUUUGCUGUAAUCCAUAAUAUAUUUAUUUAUUAUUAAUUUUCUCUAGAGAAGUCUCAUCAGGGGACUUCAGUUAGCGUCUCAACCCGUGCGUCAAGAAUUGGAUCCAUCCAGACCAGCUGUUUUGUGAAAUUUUUGGAUUUAUUAGAUCCCAAAUUUACGUA